GCGCAAUGCCGGAGAUCGUUUUGAACACAAGGAAGGAAUUCGACGACUGUUUAAAGAGCGCGGGAUCGAAACUGGUCGUAAUAGAUUUUUUUGCCACUUGGUGUGGACCCUGCAAAAUUAUCUCGCCGUUUUUCCAUGAACUCUCAGAGAAGUACCCCCAUGUCGUCUUUGCUAAGGUUGAUGUCGACCAGAACGAAGAGACAGCCCAGAGUUGCGGCAUCAGUGCCAUGCCAACGUUUCAAUUCUACAAGAAUGGCAAUCUUGUACAUACGAUGAGAGGAGCAAGCAAAGAGGGGCUCUUGCAAGGAAUUCAAGAGCACUCAGGAGACUCUUGGUCUACUUUGUCUGGAGGUCAGAAGCUCUCGGAUGGCGCAGACUCUAGAAGUGCUGACCCGAGAGCUGCUGCUGCUGCUGCUGCUGAGAGAAGGGCAGCAGCAGCAGCUGCUGCUGCCUCCCAAAAGUGACACUCUGACCUUGGACUUGGGUGUGGCGACUAGUGCUCUCCGUUGUCUAAUCAUAUCACAGUGACCGUACUGAACCUCAGGCUCCGCAAGGGGUGAGUGUGUCGAACUAGAAGAAAUUACUGAUAAAAGGACCCGAGCCGAUCCG